UGUCGUGUGUCCCCCCGGUCACGUGGGCGGGUGACUCGGCGGUCACGUGGUCGGCGGGGCCGGGCCGGGGUGCCGCGCUCGCCAUGGGCUGCUGCUACAGCAGCGAGGCCGAGGCCUCCGACCAGGAAGAAGAGACGAAGCGGCUGCUGGAGCCAGCAGCCAGCCCUCCCAGCAAGGUGCUGAAUGGAGCGGAGCAGAGCUACCACAACCUGCCCUCGGCACGCACCGACGAGCAGGCCAUGCUGUCCUCCAUCCUCGCCAAAACGGCCAUCAACAUCAUCGACGUGUCGGCAGCGGAUUCCCAGGGCAUGGAGCAGCAUGAGUACAUGGACAGAGCUAGGCAGUACAGCACACGCCUGGCCAUGCUCAGCAACAACCUGACGCACUGGAAGAAGCUCCCGCUGCUGCCGUCUCUGACUAACCAACCGCACCAAGUGCUCGCCAGCGACCCCGUCCCCUUCGCAGACCUGCAGCAGGUGUCCCGGAUAGCCGCCUACGCCUUCAGCGCGCUCUCACAGAUCCGCGUCGACGCCAAAGAAGAACUGGUUGUACAGUUUGGCAUCCCCUGAGCCUGCCUCCAGCACUGCCGCUUCACCGCUUUGGGUUGUUUUGGGGUUUCUUUCCCAUUUUUUUCUCUUUGUUUCCCUUCCCUCCCCACGGUGCUGCCACGGAACUUGGACAGAUACCCUGUUUCCUACCAAAUGCCAAGACGCCCAUCACCGGCACGUCGAGCCCACCUGCAUUGCUCGAGGCUUUCUCCUCCUCGUGGGUGGGUGUGUGUGGGGAGGGGGCCGUGUCACCUGGACGCUGCCUUGCACAGGGAUGAGCACAAAGGGAACAACUGGCACAAGGAGGCCCCGGUGUAGGUCAGCACCGUGUGCCACGUCACCAGGACAGGUGGGCUGGAGCCAGGUGGAUGUGAUGCUCUGCGUGGGGCCUGGUGGCUCUGACAACCCUCCCUGCUCAUUUUUACAUGUUUAGACCUUUAUUUUGGGUUGUUUUGUUGUUUGGUUGUUUGUUUUAUUGUUUUUCUUUUUGUUUUUCUUUUUUUUUUUUUCUAAUUAUUGUUUUUGGCCACAGUAGAUAAAACCAUGUUCAUCCAG